AUGGCUGCUAAAACUUCAAACCUCAUUCUCAAAGCUCUCCUACUACUUUCCGUAGCUUCCACGGCCGCCGUGGCUCGACCGCUGAGCGCGAAAUCCACGCUCCUCACCAGGCUAAAGCUAGACGGUGGCGAGGGAGACGAGGUUUCAGAGUGCUGGGACUCGCUGUUUCAGCUGCAAUCCUGCACGGGAGAGGUGAUUCUGUUCUUCAUGAACGGGGAGGCUUAUCUUGGGCCCAGCUGUUGCCGCGCGAUUAGGAUCGUUGGGCGCAAGUGUUGGCCCGCCGUGUUUGGCUCCCUCGGGUUUACGGCCGACGAGAGCGACGUUCUGCGUGGAUAUUGCGACGACGUGGAAGACGACGGGCACGAUGGUGAUGCUCGGCCUCCGUCGCCUCCACGCCCUGUCAAUCUUACCACUACUAGAUUCAGUGUUCAAGAAUCGUCUCCAUAG